AAUGUGAACAGUAACAGAGAUUGAGGAACUGUUACAUUGGGACAAAUACUAAUGGCAGGCCACUGAAAAGAGAGAAAAAUAGGGUAAUUUAGAAACUUCCAACCAAGUCAGGGGGGCAGGACAGUCAAACGUAUAUACCCGAAGAGCUCUACAACAGCACACACCUCGCACCUGAGCUGCAGGAGAUGGGUAUUUUUACAGCAGCUGUUCCUCAGUGUUUGGAUCCUGGGGUCAAGCCCCUAAUUUUCUUGCAGAUCACCACAAUGGACAAAGGAGUGAACAAACACGGGCAUAUCACUGUGUUUUACCACUUCAAAGGUUACGUGUGGAUCACAGUCUGGAACUGCUGUUUUACAGGAAGGGAGGCCAGAAGUCUUUACAGGGGGAAACAGGGAUGGUCCAGGUUUCAGGCUCCCUUGCUCUCCAGAGGAGCAGGCAGCACCUAGCAAACAACCAAACCCCUUUUGGGGAAACCUAGCACACUGCUCUGCUGUGAAACUCAAACAGCAAGGAAAAAAAUUCUUGACUUAUUCCCAUUCAUUCCUUUGAAUGAAUGGGGGAGAAGAACAGCCAUCAGAGCAGGGCAGGCUUAAGUGAACAUCGCUGCGAUGGGCUGGAUUAGAUGAUCUUAAAUGUCUUUUCCAAUCUUAAUGAUUCUGUAAGUGCUUCCAGACACAAAGUCCUGCUCUCUAAACUGCAGCCCUGCAGGUGUGUGCUGAGGACACAUCACAUCCCAGCUGCAGCAGCAAUCCCUCAAAGGGGGAAAGAAAAAAUAAAAGUUAAUUACUUCCACGACCUUAAAUCAACCCUAUCAGCUCCGACUGUCAAUAAGCAGUUGGCCUCUAAGUGCAUACCAGAACUGGCCCUGUAGAAAACGCAAUGCUCCUGGGAAGCCCCGGGGACACAAUGCAGCCGGCUGUAUCCCUCUGAGGACACAAUUUCCGCCACCAGCAGAACAGCGUCCUCGUAACAGAGGGGGCUUUGGGGCCAGAGCUUCCGCUGUCCCGAGCGUCAUGGCCUCGCACCGGGUCAGAGCCAACCGUACCCGCUGGCAAGCGACGGUCCCAGGAUCUCCAGUUCCUCAAACUGGGCUCAAAUAAUGACGGCUUCUGGAAUCUUAAUUACGUGCUGGAGGAAGGACAAUCCCUCUCUUCAGUGGUGGUAAUGGGAUUUUGUAACGAGGUAGAAAUUGCGUUAGCAGGAAGCGCUUUCCGCCAGGCAGGUUGCAAGGUGAGGGGCUUUCCAGCUAGGUGCUGGCAAUCCGCAGUGCAAACAGCCUUCCUCCCCAGCUGAAAAUUGGUUCCUGUGCCACCGCUCUCCCAACAGUUAACUUGGGGCUGUGAGACCAUCCUAUCUCUCUGCCCGCUCAACAAUGGGUCCAGCUAAACAAAUGCCUCCUAAUUGACUUUGAGCAACACUUGAUUGCUUUCAGAAAAAAAAAAAACAAAAAAAACAAAAGAGAGGAAAACAUUGGGGUUUAUGAAAUAAUGACUAAUCCUGGAGCAAGAGAAAGGGGCUGGGUUGGAGCGCUGGUGUCAAACAGAGAGCCCCAAGACACAGGGCCAAGGCAUUCACCCCUCCCCAGCCGCCCUCAUUUCCACACCUGCUGAUCUAAGCCAAACCCCUGCUAAAAUCCAAACAAUCGGGGCCGCUGGCAAAUGAAAAUUGGAGCAUUGUCUUCCCCAAGAGGGCUCUGAAAGGGCCGCACUUAAUGAGGAUGGAUUGCCACGGAGGUGGCUCGCGGGCUAUAAAAGGCGUUCUGCAGGCUGGAGCAGCUCAGUCCGGGUGCGCUGCGAGCCCGCUCCGAGCACCAUGAGGGCUGUGAGCACGGAGAAGGGCUCCCGCAGGCGGGGAGCCCCGUGGCUGCCAGGCCUGCUGCUGCGCCUGCUGCUGUGGGGCUGCCCUGGGGGGCGGGCCAGCUACCUGCGGCGGUCCUCCAGCUGCACGGCCAUCCCGCGCAGCAUGGCCCUGUGCUACGACAUCGGUUACUCGGAGAUGAGGAUCCCCAACCUGCUGGAACACGAGACCAUGCCGGAGGUGAUCCAGCAGUCCUCUAGCUGGCUGCCCUUGCUGGCCAGGGAGUGCCAUCCUGACGCCCGGAUUUUCCUCUGCUCCCUCUUCGCGCCCAUCUGCUUGGACAGGCUCAUCUACCCCUGCCGCAGCCUGUGCGAGGCCGUCAAGAGGAGCUGCGCGCCAGUCAUGGCUUGUUACGGCUAUCCCUGGCCUGAAAUCCUCAACUGCAACAAGUUCCCUGCAGACCACGAGCUGUGCAUCGCUGCUGUCUCCACAGAUGAAAGUUCCUCCAGCAGGAGAACAGUGCCUCGAGCCAGCUGCAAGGACUGCGAACUGGAAGAGGCCAGCACGGCCAGGGAGAUCCUGGACAGCCUCUGUGCCAACGAUUUCACAGUGAAAAUCCGAAUCCUCAGGAAGAACACGACCACAACCGUCUCCGACUUCGACCUGGACCCCUCCAGGGUGGAGGUGCUGAAGCACGGCCCGCUCCUCAGAACCGAAAUCCCCGGCAGGCUGCAGCAGUGGCUGGACAUAGACGCUACCUGCGCCCACAACAUCAUGAGAGGCACUCACGCGGGGGUCUUCGUCAUCAGUGGAGAAGUGCAGAGCGACAAAGUGGUGGUGAACAAGGCCUACGCCUGGCAGAAGAAGAACAGGAACCUGCACCAGGCGGUGCGGAGAUGGAAACAUCACCGCUGCCCCGAACAGGCCGGCAGGAAGGUCUGAGAUCUCCGUCCUAACACUAAGAAACAGCUCCCUUCCCUACGGCUAGAAAACUCCUUUCCCUGGCAGCUGGCAUUUCGGAGAUGUACAGUCAGUAUUUUUAGGUGAAUCAGCGCAGUCAUAGUCAGCAGUAGGGCCUCGCUACAGAUCCCUGAGAUCACUAAAACCCUUUUCCUGAGACAGAGCUUAGGGAUACAGAUUUAACAUAUUCCUCUGGCAAGGUCCUGCAAAUCCAGGACUUACGGUGGAUGGCUUUGUGUAGCAUCAGUGACUUGAAAUCCGCAGGCGAGCACAGGCUGGAAGAGACCUUUAAUAACAUGGGCAUCUGCACAGGUGAAAGGAAACAACCUUUCUCGAGCAGGAAAGGCACACAGCAGACAGCUGAGGAUUUCUGCAUAACUGGGAAUGACUGUUGUUUAACGUUAGGAAUUCAGUUUGGGUCAGAAAUUUCUGAUAACUGUGGAACUACUGAAGAUAUCCCCAGAGCCCUGAGAGAGGUGGCAACGACCUUGUGAAUUCCCUGCAGGUCACUCUCACCCAGACGCUGACCGCACUUACUCUCAGAGGCAAAUACAGCCACAGCUCUACACUAGCAGAAAGCAGCAAAUCCCCAAGUGAGAAAACAAGUCGGAUUUCUACUGUCUAACAAAGCACUGUCCAUGGAAAGUUUUCUACACUGGAUUAAACGUGAGAAUGAAAUAAAAAUGACAGAAGAAAAAUUAAAAAAAAAAACCCACACCGCUUUGGGGAUAAAUCCAUUCUUCCCUGUGUGCAAAGCCUGCAGCCUCAGUUGUGGAGAGAGCCGCCAGCUUUGAUGGAGACACAUUGCCUCCCUGCGCUCAUAAAGCACACCAACAACCCAGCCAAGAUUGUCUCUUCAGAUUUAAUGUGGGCUGAGACUAGCACUCACAGCACUCGCACUGCAAUUCAGCCGCGCUCCGACAUUUGCGCAGCGAUUCCUUCUAUUUCCCCGAGGCUCAGAAGAAAAACACAGUGAGAUUUCCUAUUUUUAUUCCUCCCCGCUGCCUCGUCUCGCAAACUGCCGCCCGACCCGCAGGGCCUGCUGCCAGGUGGUCCCCGCGAUGGCAGCAUCCUCUGAACAGACUGCGUUUUGAAAACACAACAAGUAAAAGCUCUGAAGGUUGAAAAA